GUACGGAUGGAGCUGCAAUCCGCCGCGGAAUAUCGGACGUGCUCUCGACCACCUCGCGACAGGCAUCCGCUGACACCAGCAGACACGUGGAUAUCAUCGCUGUCAAAGGGAAAGCACCACCCCCGGUGAAGCUGUCAAAUCGUUGAGGUUCGCGCGGCACUUCAAAAAAGAAGGAAGGGAGCGAGUCAUGGAUGCCGACAACUUCAAGGAUUUCGCCAAGGAGAUGGCGGAGUACAUCACGAACUAUUUAGAAAAUAUUAGGGACAGACGAGUGUUGCCCACGGUGGAACCGGGAUACAUGAAGCCCCUCUUGCCCUCCGAAGCGCCGCAAGACCCCGAGGAGUGGCAGAACGUCAUGGCCGACAUCGAGAGAGUGAUAAUGCCAGGUGUUACUCACUGGCACAGCCCGAAAUUCCACGCGUAUUUUCCCACCGCGCAAUCAUACCCCGCGAUUGUGGCCGACAUGUUAAGCGGAGCCAUCGCGUGCAUCGGAUUCUCCUGGAUAGCGAGUCCAGCCUGCACCGAACUGGAGGUGAUCAUGCUGGACUGGCUGGGGAAAAUGAUAGACCUGCCGAAGGAAUUUCUCGCCUGCAGCGGCGGCAAAGGUGGCGGCGUUAUUCAGGGAACCGCCAGCGAAGCGACUCUGGUAGCGCUGCUGGGGGCGAAGGCGAAGAAGCUGAAGCAAGUCAAGGAGCAGCACCCCGAGUGGACGAACCCCGAGAUCAUCGACAAGCUCGUCGCGUAUUGCUCCUGCCAAGCGCACAGCUCGGUGGAACGCGCCGGACUUUUCAGUGGAGUGAAAUUCCGACUGUUGCCGAUCGACGACAAGUAUAAGCUCCGGGGCGACGUAUUCGCGAAGGCGAUCCAGGAGGACAGGGAGAAGGGACUCAUACCGUUUUACGCCGUCGCUACUUUGGGCACCACCGUUUGCUGCGCCUUCGACCGUCUCGACGAAAUAGGUGUCGUGGCGAAUCGCGAGAACAUAUGGCUGCACGUGGACGCCGCUUACGCGGGAUCCGCGUUCAUUUGCCCGGAAUACCGCUACUUGAUGAAAGGCAUCGAGCUGGCGGACUCGUACAACUUUAACCCGCACAAGUGGAUGCUGAUCAACUUCGACUGCUCCGUCUUGUGGUUCAAGGACCCGACGUACGUCAUAAACGCCUUCAACGUCGAUCCCUUGUACCUGAAGCACGAUAUGCAGGGCUCAGCGCCGGAUUACAGGCACUGGCAGAUCCCACUCGGCCGUAGAUUCCGUUCCCUCAAGCUCUGGUUCGUACUGAGGCUCUACGGCGUCGAGAACCUUCAGAAGUUCAUCAGGAAGCACAUCGCUCAAGCGCACGAGUUCGAGGCGUUCAUUCUGUCCGAUCCCCGCUUCGAGAUCAUCGGUGAAGUCAUCAUGGGACUGGUUUGCUUCCGAUUAAAGGGCUCCAAUGAUCUAAACGAGGCUCUCCUCAAGAGGAUCAACGGCGCCGGAAACAUCCAUCUGGUCCCGUCCAAGAUAAACGACACAUUUUUCCUGCGGUUGUCCGUCUGUUCUCGAUAUAGCGAGAGCAAGGACAUACAGUAUUCCUGGAAGGAGAUCAAGCUCAGAGCCAACGAGGUCCUCGAAGAGCAAUCGGUCACAAAGUGAUGGCGCGCUCAGAUUGCUCGCGGUUGCAGGUCGCUGGCUCCCGCCACCUGCAAUCAGUCCUAGCUUCGAUCGUAGUAUACAAUCUUAGCUUGUCCUUAUACUUUCGAGGACCAAAUAGACUAAAGGCGAAUGUUGGAACGUUGGAAGGAUAAUCGAAUGACGAAUAAUGAAAACAAUCGCGAUAAUUUCCGUUGCGAAUUACGAAUGGUUAAAAAGCUGACGGCUCAAUCGUCGAAAUUCGGUUAAUCGACGAUUAUCUCAGCCAUUGGAGUUGCCAAUGGCAUGUAAAGUAAAACACAAAGUUUGUCGCUGAAACGAGAACUAAAAGUUUGUCCAUUCUUCCUUCACAAUUUGUAUUUGGAAUAGCUGUAAUAGGUUUAAAGCAGUAUUCGCUGAUUUUCCCACAUGGAUAGAAUCAUUAAUUUGUUGGAAUUUGAAUGAUUAAUUACGCACAACAAUUAUAAACAGAAUUUCAACAGUUGAUCGCAGAUUGGUUUAAUUAACAAUUGGUCCAACCGUACGACUGAUCGGCCGAUGAAGCGCCGAUUCGAGCGGCGGAUCAGUGUUGGCGAAAUUAACGCGCGAACUUAACGCCUUCGGAACUCGAUGUCGUGUUUAAGGCGACGAUUAAAACUAUAAUUUUGUUACAGUAUUACGAUGUGCGACAAAUUGACGGGUAGAGACGAGUUACGAUUGAUAAAGUGGAUGUCAAGACACGCGAGAUCGCCAGUAUCAGACUUGCGGCUUAUCGGGAUUUCUGUCAGCGUAAUAGAUGUAAACGCAGUAUUUUAUGUCGCCUUGUGCCACUUUUGCUGCCGCACCGGCCGGCGAUGUUGCUGUGCGAACUUCUUGAACAAUAUCCUUGUAAGUUACAUUAUAUAAACGCGGUGAAAGCUAUGCGCGCGUAUGUUCGUUGUACGAUCGCUGUGCGUCGAUGUCACUGUAGUUUUAACGCUGUCUGUCUCAAGUUAGCACGACGUUUUGCAAAUUAAUAAACAACGCUCAUUGUUUCAGUAGCACUUUUCGUUGUUCUACUGUUUUUCAAAAAACGAAAAAAUAUUCCGCAUGUACGAUACCAGAAAACCGAGAGUUAAGAUGUGUCGUGCUAACUUUGCGUUCCAGCACGACAAAUACUGACAUCUGAUGAUUGUUCUACUUCCAGUUCUAUGCAAGUUUAGUGUAAAUAUAGCUGCCAAUUAUAGUAUGCCAAUUUUCCGUAUUUUGUCUUGAAAUGUUCUAUUUCCAUUAAGUACACAAUUAACUAGAAACAAUCGUCAGAUGUCACAAUAUUUGUCGUUUCCUUGUACUUCAGAGGGAGGAGUGUCGAGGCUGGAACGUGAAAUUAGCAUCUUGAUUGUCGCUUUUUUGAACUAUUAUACACGCGGAACAUUUUUUCGUUUUUUGAAGAACAGUAGAACAAUGAACAGUGCUACUGGAAAAAUGAGUAUCCGUAAAAAGUACCCAUUAAGUCGCGUGUGCUUAUAAGACACUUAUUUAUUGUUACGCAGGUGUAGACAAUUUUAAUUCUCUCCCUUCUUCGCGCUAUCUUCCCGCCGACGCAUCUGACGAUCGUUAUCCCUCCCCGUAUGAAAUAAUUUGUGUGAGCAAUUAAUUGUCCGUUCGAUAUCGCAGCGGGAAUCAAUCUGACAAUUUCGAUCUGAAUUACACCCACCGAGAUGUUAAUAUAUUUCGCAACGUCCACGAAAAAUUAACGAAAUUUUGCGUUCUCCGACUCUUCGCUGUUGUUAUUUUCGUAUACGUUGAGUUUGUGUACGCAUAGUACAUAUAUACAUAUUAUAAAUAAGGUUAAAGUAAAAUCGAUUUAAUAUAUAUUUGUAAUUUUAUUUCUUUUCUGUUUUAUUGCAUUGCGUUCUUUUACUUGGUUUCAGUUUAGUUUGGGGAAUUUCUAUAUCGUUAGCGGGUCCACUUCCAGGGUCACUUUGUUGUUAGAAUAAUGACGGAUGUAUGUUGUAGCAUUAAUAAUGCGCGUAAUACCGCUAUUACGGCAAUGCCUUUCCAACUAUAAAGUGACUCGAGCGUUUAUCACGCUCGAGUCACUUUAUAAUAUACGUAUAUGUGUGAGCUAAUACUUGCUGUAACGUUGUGCUGCAACAAGGACAAUAAUAGUACUAGAGUUAUUCAAGAAAGCGUAUGCGCAUGUCGCGAGAGAGCAAGGUGGCAAGAUUCGAAUGAUGAAGCUCGAAAUGAGAGGAUACGAGAAGAAAGAACGCGGACUUGAAGAUUAUCGUUAAGGUUACAUAUCGUUAGAUUAUCGUCAGAGAAUCCUCUCGGGACGGGAAUAAAUAGUGUCCGAGCGUAGGAGCGACAGUAUGUCAAGUGUACAUAGAUAUACGAAUGAUUGUUAUUAUUGAGUUGCAACGACACUUCAACGCGCUUAAGCUGAGAUUGAUAUUUCUCGCGUAAAAUUGUCCGCGAAUAUUUAGCUUUUAUUAUAUUUUGUAAAAGUUUGUAUAUUCGCGCGCGCAUACACUGAAAAGGAAGCUCAAAUAGCCUACAUCGUGCUAUAGACGCAAAAUCGUUGAUGAUAUUAAUCUGAAACAAUGACCAUAAUUGUUGCGGGACCAAUGAUUUGUUGCAACGAGAGAAAUUAUAAGUUCUCAUUUAAUGCGAAUCGUCUGUUAUAAAACACUGACAAGCGUUAAACAUGUAUUGAUGUGGCAUUAGGGAGAAUUUAAUUGGCCAACUGUUAAUAUUGACCAAGUUAGAUCUA